GACCCGGCUGCGCGCGGACCGUUAGCUACUGCGGCCGGGACGCGGCCCCGCCCAGGCGAGCGACGGGCGGCUCUUACCAGCGGGAACGCCAUGGGGCCGGUGUGGCCCUGCGGGGCUGACGGGCUGGCGGGCCGGCCGGCCGCCGGGCGAGACACGCGCACGCACGUGGGCACUGUUUCUGCAGCGGGCCGCACGCAGCCCCGCACCUCGGCAGCUUAUGAAGCUCCACCGAGCCGCUCCUCGGAGCCGCCCCCCGGCCGGAUGCGGAGCACCUGUGUCGGCCCCGCCCGGGCCCUCGCCUCCGCCCCCGCGCGCCCCGCCCCUCCCUGCAGGCCGGGCCGAGGAGGGCUCUGCCGCCCACCCGCACGCCGGCGGGGCCUGCCGCUGCUGCUAGCCACAGCCGCCCCCUGGGAGGACCCUGAGCGCGCCACUCACCUAAGUGACCCUGGCCGAGUCGUUGUCUGCCCUGAACCGCAGAUCACCCCCUUACGAAAGAGGGCACGAUUUACAAGCCCCUGCGAGCGGCGGGAUCGCUUUGUCAGUACAGCCGCGUAUCCACGCUCCUCUUCCAGUGAUCUCUCCAGGGCGAGAGCCAGCCCUGCAGCCUCGGUCCAAACCGUAGCACCCGGGCUCCAGGAGGCGCACGCACUUUAGACUCACUGCUACGUGCGCUGCAGAGGGGGCGGCGGGAGUCAGGACAUUCCAGAAAGUUCCAAAGACAUCACUGGCCCUCUUUGGACAGGAGUUCCCCGGGGAAACCGCUUCAGACGCUCCCGACAGACCGAAAUAGAAAGUUUCACAGAAAUAGAACAAGGGACAGGGCGAGGGCUCCAGGCAGGCGUCCUGGGGCAACUGGAGCAGGGGCGGACCGGAAGCCCCAGGCAAACGCAGAGGCGGAGAUGGCAUUCCAGGCGGGAGACCAAGCAAAGGCAGAGUGAAAGGACUGCACAGAGCGGCCCACUCUGACCGGGACUGAGGAUGAUGCGAGCUGAUACCGCCGGAGGAAGCCUGGGCCGGCUGAGCAAGAUAAGAAUCUGAAACUCAGAAUAGUGCCCAAGGGAAUGGGUGUCUGGAAGCCCUUUUCAUAUUUCAAAAUUCUCAACCAUUAAGAAAAGAAAGGCAUCUUUCAAGAGACUUGGAACAGAAAUUUCUGCUGCCCAAAAUCUCUCUUCCUAAACUUUCUGUUGCAGAUGAGACUGAAGCUCAGUGAAGUUCAGUAAAUUGCCAAAGACUCCCAGCUAAAAGUGGCAGAGCAAGGACUCAAACCAAGGCAGACUUCUGGUUUCAGAGCCUUUCAAGUGCUAACCAGG